GAAUGCUGAACCUCAAUUAUGAAAGGGCGAAAUUGCAGUAUUUUUACACAAAUUGAAAGAUUCUCUUGAAUCAAUCGCAAAUUUUAUCUAGAUAUUUUCACAUAGAAUUUGAAAAUCUUUCUAACAAUCAUGUGAUCAAGCUCCUGAAAUAAUGGGUAACACAAACGAAAAAUCGACGAAAGGUAAGAUUGACUUCAUAUGCGGAAAAAGCGGUUAUAAAGUUCUUUCUAUAGGAAUCGGAUCGGAUUAUCAAACUCCACAACCGCUGCAAUUUCAUCCUACUUGUCACAGUGACAAUGUUCAAGUGGACGGUGGAACUGCUCGCCGACUAGAAUCAUUCUGCAAAGGCAUAUGUUUUGGUAAUCGUCCUGUUCGGAUUGGAGAACAUGUAACUAUUCGAUUGGCUUUAGUUGCUACAAACUGGUCGGGAGUUCUCCGUUUUGGAUUUACUUGUAAAAAUCCAGAAACCAUUAACGCUACUACACUUCCCAGAUAUGCUUGUCCGGAUCUAACAAAUAUUCAGGGACAAUUCUGGGCCAAAGCUCUUCCUGAAAGAAUGGCGAUACAGGGAGCUAUACUUUCUUAUUUCGCGAAUGAGUCUGGAGAUGUUCACUAUUCUGUUGACAAUGUGUCUCAAGGACUGUUCUUCUCAGGAGUUGAUACGUCAAAACCGCUUUGGCCUCUUAUCGAUAUUUAUGGUAAUACAACGGUUGUGGAGUUAGUAAGAGAACGAACACUGCUGAAUAAUGUCCAAAAUAUUACACACACGAGACCAAUACUUGAUUUGCCUAUCCGACAUCACUCUCUAGCAUCUUUGAGACCUAUGGAAUGGCAUCAUCAGAAAGGCAAACAUGCGAACAUAUCUGAAGAUCGACGAACCGCUCUGAGGGUCCAAGCCGAAUAUUGUAAUGCUUAUGUGUUUACCGGCCGACCUCUGGAGGCUGGUGAACGUUUAGUAGUUCAAGUAUUGGCAAUUGAUCCGGCAUUUUCAGGAGGUUUAACAUUUGGAUUAACAACCUGUAAUCCCUCUGAUAUAGAUCCCAAUGAAUUACCGGAAGACGCUGACGAAUUGCUUAACAGAUUAGAAUAUUGGAUUGUUAAUAAAGACGUUGUAGCUAAACCAGAGGCAGGAGAUGAAUUAUCAUUUUUAAAAUCAUCUACCGGUGAAGUAAAAUUUUGUAAAAACGGGGGUAAUCAAACGACUCUCUUGCAUGUAGAUGCCACAGCAGACUUUUGGGUUUUCUUUGAUAUGUAUGGUUGUACUAUAGCGUUAAAAUGCUUGGGAGUGCAAAUUCCAGUAUCUAGUACAACUAGCUCGGCAUCUCUUAGAGUAGAAAAUUCGCAAUCUUUGCCACUUCAACCCCAAACUGUGAAUUUACCUCCUCCUCCUCAAGUUGUUUCUUCUACACCAGCACUUCCUCCAAGACCGUCGAGGCAGGCUCCUCCUCAACGUCCUCCUCGAAGACAACCACCACUUCCUCCUGUUCCUCCAAGACCAAGUAACAGCUCUUCUCAGAGAGAUUCUUUAUCACCUAACACUUCUUCACAGGCAUUAGACAUGGAAUAUUCUCCAUUGCCGAUAAAUAGCAAUAGAGUGGUUGCUGAUAGCGAAGAAGCUAAUGAUAAUGCUAACAACGAAUGUUCUGUAUGCUUUGAAGCUGAUGUCAAUUGUGUCAUAUACAAAUGUGGACAUCUUUGCGUUUGUUUCAAAUGCGGACUAGACAUCAAAAACAAUAGUGGUUUAUGCCCCAUUUGUAGGGAAAAAAUCACUGAUGUAAUUAUGACUUACAGAACCUAA